UCCGAUGCGGAAGCUGGUCCCUAGCAGCAGGGCGGGUAGACCGACCGGAAGAAAUCGGAGGACAGCGGGGAUGUCCGGCCGGGCCAGCGGAGAGCCCGGGACACCGGCUCCACAGCAUAGCUGACUGUCCGCUUACUGGCAGCGCUCCCCGAGCUCAGGCUCACUCUCCGCUCCAGCCAUGAAUCCAGAGUCAGAACAGGAUGUGGCUAUUAGAUCUGCUCAAGAACGAGCGGACAUAGUUGCCAAGUAUGACAAGGGACGUGAUGGAGCAAAGAUUGAACCCUGGGAAGAUGCAGACUAUCUUGUUUAUAAGGUUACUGAUAGGUUUGGCUUUUUACAUGAGCAGGAGUUGCCAAUUUAUGAUGAAGCAACAGAUAAGCAAAAAUAUCUUGAAAUUGAAAGAGUAUCCAAAUGGCUGAAAAUGCUGAAAGGUUGGGAUAAGUACAAGAACAGUGAAAAGCUUCACAGGAGAAUUUACAAAGGUAUUCCACUGCAGCUAAGAGGGGAAGUUUGGUCUCUCAUUCUUGAAGUACCGAAAUUAAAAGAUGAUCGAAAAGAUCUGUACUCGAUUCUGAAGCUUAAAGCACGGCGUCUAUCUCCCGACAUCAGGCAGAUUGAUCUAGAUGUAAACAGAACGUGUCGAGAUCACAUUAUGUUCAGAGAUCGAUAUGGCGUUAAGCAGCAAGCUCUGUUUCACGUCUUGGCUGCAUACUCCUUGUAUAACACGGAAGUUGGAUACUGUCAGGGAAUGAGUCACAUUGCAGCAUUACUCCUUAUGUAUAUGAAUGAAGAAGAUGCAUUUUGGGCCUUGGUAAAACUAUUUUCAGACAACAAACAUGCUAUGCAUGGAUUCUUUGUUCCAGGAUUUCCAAAGCUUUUAAGAUUUCAGGAGCACCAUGAGAAAAUAAUGAAGAAAUUUAUGCCUAAACUAAAGCAGCACUUUGAAACUCAGGAACUCCAUACGAACCUUUACACUUUGAAAUGGUUUUUCCAGUGCUUCCUUGACCGGACUCCUUUCCCUCUGAAUUUACGGAUAUGGGACAUCUUCAUACUUGAAGGAGACAGAGUCCUUACCGCCAUGUCCUAUACCAUUUUAAAACUGCACAAAAAAUAUUUAAUGAAGCUGGCUAUGGAAGAUCUCAUUGCCUUCCUGCAGGAACGUCUUGCCAAGGACUUCGGCUACGAGGAUGAUUAUGUAAUUGAGCAACUCCAGCAGUCUAUGUCUGAAUUGAAACGUUCAAAGCUUGACCUUCCUCCCCCAGGUAAGGAUGAAGAGUUUCCAAAGAAACCACUUGGCCAAAUUCCUCCUGACCCUCCUCCGUUGCAUUUGAACCACAUUAUGAAUGGACAAAAGAACACAAACAAACCUCUUCCUCAAUUUAAAUCUGAAAAUGUACCUUCUCCUACUAAAGUACAAUACGGGUCCCCAAACAAUGAACAGGGAAGAAAGAACUCCAUAGAAAAGCCCUACAAGCCAAGUAAGAGAAACCCUGGAGAUUACCGCACAGAGCAGAUUAAAGGAGAUGUGCAACAUCGCAAAUAUACUUCAUCUGCUAUAGCAUCUCAAGAAAAUGUGAAAUUACAUGACCAUGCAACAGCUAACCAGAACUCAAACGCAACAUCCAAUCCAUUAAAGGGAAUCACUCCGAAGUGGAAUCUGCCAUCUGAAUCAAAAAACAAAGAUCUAAUCAUUAAACAUAAUGAUGGACGCAUGAAAACACCAGAUUAUAAUUUAAGUCAAUUGGAAUCUCAGGCUGUAAUUAUGAAAAAAAGUAGGGUGGUUGAUGUAGAUGGUAAAAGAGGGUCCAAUGCAUCACAGUAUGACAAUGUAUCUGGAGGUGAACAUGAGAAUGGAAAUCAUAUUCCAGACAGGUAUCGGUCAGAUUCAACUUCUGAAAGAAACAUGUUGUACUCCACUAGUACCAAUUCAUGGCAUCAUUCACAAAAUUCGAGCCCGCCAAGAGGUGGAGCUAAUUCAGGAAAUAGUAUGCAACCACGUUCUCCAGCACCAUUUCUAGGUACCGAUGAUGGAUAUAACAAGAAACAGCCACCACCUUCCUAUAGUAAUCCACCUACCUACCACAAAAACUCAGUGCAUUCCACAGGUAGACUUAACAGUGAAAAUCCUUCAUCUGCAAGUUGGGUAAGCCCAACAAGUGGAUCAUAUGACAGUAAAUUUGAUUUUUCUCUGGACAAAUUACCUAUAAAUUCAAAUACUAGACAAUAUCCUGUUACUUCUCCUUCUACAAGAAUAGAAGUGUUACCUGCUGUUGAAAGUGGGACAGUACGUUUAGGAAAUUUUAGUCCGAGAGGGAAAAAGUACAUAAUUCCACCUGUGGAUUAUCAUACCGAACACAGUAACUUUCCUGAUGCAGCAUUAGGAAUGUAUGGACAACCAUUAAACAAUGAGGAGUCUAGAAGCUAUUUGCCCAGUUACCAAAACAUGUCUCCAGCUGUUCAGCAGAAUCAGGCCUAUAAUUUCUCGUCCAUUCAAGUUAACAGUCCUGUUCAAUACAGAACUUCUCCACAAUCACAAUAUCUUUAUUCGAACACUGGAGUUAGCGGUCAGCAGUUGCGAAAUCCUCGUGAUGGUCUUAUAAUUCAUGAGUCUGUAAUGCUGUGAAAAUGUCUUUAUUGUAUGUUCUUAGUGGUUUCAAUCACUAAACGGGUUGCUUUGUUCUAAUGGCAAUAGGGAUGCACUGAAAAAAAUUCAGGAUGCCCUUUAUUAAUAUUAGAAUUUUUAAUGAAUUUAAUCUAAUAUGAAAAACUCCCCUUCUCCCUUCUAUUUAAGUGGUCCCUCCCGCUUAAUGUUUCUCUCCCCUCCCUCUUUUUUUAGUGUUCUUUCCUCCCUCCUCCCCAGUC